AAACAAGGGAAGAUAUUUUAUUGAAAGAUUUGAAACGUCCCACUGGCAAAACAAAAUUCAGGGAGGGAAAUAUGCAAGCAAGGGGUGAGGAGGACAGUGGAGAAAUGUAUUACUUCAAUUUAACCACUAUUCUGGCUGCUACAAACAAUUUCUCUGAGGCUAAUAAGCUUGGACAAGGAGGUUUUGGCCCUGUUUACAAGGUUAAGAAAUACAAACUCUUUCACUAAAUUUAUACACAAAAAUAAUGUCAUGAAAGUUGAAUUCACUGGCUUGAGUGCUAUGAAAAAGGCUAUUGGGAGAAACUACCCAACUGUCUUUGUGUGUUGUUUUUAUGAGAUACAGCAGCAGUCAUGGCCAUUAGUGUAUGAUGUGUUAAUAUAUGAUAUGACAUUCUGGUUGAGAAAGUUUGAAUGACUGCAGGGCAUUCUGCUUAAUGGAAAAGAAAUAGCGGUUAAAAGGCUUUCAGCCAAAUCAGGACAAGGGAUUGAAGAGUUCAGGAAUGAAGUUUUGCUAAUUGUUAAACUUCAACACAAAAAUCUUGUGAGGCUGUUGGGUUACUGCAUAAAGGGAGAUGAAAAGCUUCUAGUCUACGAGUACAUGGCCAACACGAGUCUGGACGCCUUUUUGUUUGGUUUGUUCCCUCUCCUUCUCUCAACUGAAGAGUUGUAAGACUCUCUUGGCUUGAAUGGCAUCACUGUCCUAUGAUUCAAGUCUUCUCACCUCAUGAAAAAACUUCACAAGGACAUAACACCAAUGUCAUGGACUCAUAGGAAACCUUGAAUCUUGUGUGAUUUAUGGUUCAUUUAUUUAUCUUGUUCUUGCUCUUCUGAUUGACAUUCUUUUUCUUCUGUAAAUCUCAAUUGAAAAUUUUCAUGCUGUUUUGACAAAAGACAGAUCCAACAAAAACAAAGCAACUAGACUGAGCUAGGCGGGCAGCCAUUAUUGGUGGCAUAGCAAGGGGGCUUCUAUAUCUCCAUGAGGAUUCUCGGCUCAAAAUCAUCCAUAGGGAUUUGAAAGCAAGCAAUGUUUUGUUGGAUGAUGAGAUGAACCCCAAGAUCUCAGACUUUGGCACUGCCAGGAUUUUUGGAAGCAACCAAAUUGAAGCUAGCACCAACAGAACUGUUGGCACAUUUGGAUAUAUGGCUCCAGAGUAUGCAAUGCACGGCCACUUCUCAGUCAAGACAGAUGUUUAUAGCUUUGGUGUGUUAGUUUUGGAUAUUGUGACUGGUCAAAGGAAUAACCAUAUCCGCAGAAGGGAAACCAUUGAGGACCUUCUGAGCUAUGCUUGGGAAAAUUGGAAAGAAGGGACAGCUACCAAUAUAGUAGAUCCCACAUUAAGGGAUAGCUCAACAAGCGAGAUAAUGAAAUAUAUCCACAUUGGGCUCCUAUGCGUUCAAGGAAAUGAAGCUGACAGACCAGCCAUGGCUUCCAUUGUUCUCAUGCUUAAUGGCCACUCUCUGAGUCUCCCUGUACCUUCACAUCCUGCAUUUUUUGUCCAUAACAGCAGCCAGUUGGACAUGCCUUUAGGAAACAAGUUGGAUCAAUUCUCAGUAGAUGAGGCUACAAUUACCGAUCUACAUCCUCGAUAAUUUGUAAACA